ACGAAAGUAAGCUGAGAUGUUGAUACCAGUGAUCAACUUGAAGUCUAAGACAAUCUGUCAAGUGCCCCAGUCAAACAUCGUCCGGACCUGAGAUGUCUUCUACUAGGAAGCGGCCUGUUUGCACCGAUGGCGAGCUCACGCUAUCUAAACGUCCAAAAACCCGAAAACCGCAGCCCGUGGACGACGUCGAGCUGAUCUCACCGUCGCGCAGCGGGGAAGAACCAUUGGCAACUCGCCGGGGAGACGGCACUGCGCAGGAAAAAGGCAAUUUCAGACCUCCAGAAAAAGACAGAGUAGAGAUAGCGGAGCAAGAAGCCGUCACAGGAGAUGUGGAUGGCUAUCUGGAUGGUCCCAAUGAACCUUUUCCCGGCUUGCCGUAUGAUGUAUGCUUUGGGAAGCUCUUGAUGGAGGCCAGUUGCCAGAACAAGACAUGGGAGCCCGCCCCGGAAGGAAAAGCCCUGGUGAAAAUCACCCACCACGGUAGUUGGCUGAUGCUCCGUUACGAAGAGAGCGGGAGUCACGCAGGGCUUGUGAUAUCACCCGCUCUGACGCAACUUGCCAGCGAGCAUUUGGUGACUUUGGUCGCGUCAGUAGGGCCGCCAGCGCGACGAGGCACUUCUUCAAUGGGUUCGAGCGUUCGGUCUCGGCCACUCCAAGUCCUCGUGUACGGUAGACUUACGGAGAGGAAUGCUGUCGCAGAAAUUCUUGACGAGGGUGGCCUCUUUCUCCAACGCCCGCACGACUCAGAGUACGAUAGAAGGGUGAAGUAUUUCAACCCCAUGUAUCUCCUUCCGCCCGGCGAGGACAUGCCACGGACGGGGAUAAGUUCAGUGUUCUCUGGAAGGGGCUUGGCUACUGCCACUGCCGACGAAGAAAUGCUCGAGGAAGCGGAAAGGUGUCGGGUCCUGAGGAUAUUCGACGAGGCAAGCGGACUGGAUGCCGGUGUGGUAUCAGAGGUGAAACAGAGCCCGCGAAUCAUCUCUAAGCUGAAAAGCCACCAACUUGAGGCACUUGCCAUGAUGCUUGAAAAGGAGCAGCAGCCAGCAGAUUGCAGACCAAAAUUUCCUUUGCUAUGGGAACACUCUGUUGAAGAGGAGGGCACAGUGUACCGACAUAUCGUCACGAAAGCUCCCCAAGCCAUGCCUCUGCCCAGCUUGCGGGGAGGCAUAUUGGCCGACGAAAUGGGUCUGGGAAAGACUCUAUCCUCGCUGGCGCUUAUUUGCCAUCAUUUCGAUGCAGCGACUCGUGUCCCUUCUUCGCAGAUGUCCAGAGCCACACUGAUUGUGUGCCCGAUGUCAACGAUAUAUGGGUGGCAGAUGCAAAUAGAAAGACAUAUUCGACCAGGAGACAUCAGCACACUUCUUUAUCACGGUGCCGAGAAACAAUCUGCCCCCGAGCAGCUACACAGCUUCGACGUAGUGCUCACCACAUAUGACACUCUCCGUUCAGACUGGAAUGUAAAUGGACCUCUUUACGCUCGCCCUUGGGCAAGGGUAAUUCUAGACGAAGCGCACAGGAUUCGCAACAGAAAAUCCAAAAUCUUCGCAGCCGCCUGCGAGAUCCGCGCCAUGAACCGCUGGUGCCUGACCGGCACGCCGAUCCAGAACUCGCUGGGCGACUACGGCUCGCUGCUGGCCUUCGUCGGCGUCCCGCCCUUCACGACGUACGACCAGUUCCGCUUCUGGAUCUCCACGCCCAUCCUGUCCAACCGCAGCCACAACCUGCACACGCUGCGUAAGCUUGUGCGCGCCACCUGUCUGCGCCGGACCAAGGCGCACCCCGCGCUCGCGUCGGCGCUGCGGCUGCCACGCAAGAGGGAGCGCGUCGAGGCCGUGGUGCUGGCCGAGGACGAGCGUGAGCUGUACGACUUCUUCAAGCGCAGGUCGUAUCUGCUCGCCGGCGAGGCCGCCCCAGCAGAGGCGAAGCCCGGCGCGUCGCCGCCGCCCGCCACCAAGCCCCGGAGGCGCAGAGAGAAACCCAGCGGCGGGAAAGCGUCGCGCAAGCCCACUGCAAACAUCAUGGUCCUCCUCUUCGUCCUCCGAAUCAUCUGCGACCACGGCGAGGCGCUCCUCCCGCCCGCAGCCCUUGGCGCCUGGCGCAGUCACGACGCCGCCCGUAUCGGAUGGUCGCUGCUGGAGACAGCGGCCGGCGCGGGGCAGAGCUGCUGCGUCUGCGGCAUUGCCGUCGGCGGCGAGGAGCUGGAGAAGGGAGGGCGCGAUGUGGUUGACUUGGCGUGCCGACGGCAUAUCGCGUGCGAGUCGUGCGUGGGACUGGGAACGGACAAUGCGCAGCCGGCUUGCCCGACUUGUGGCAUGGCUGGUGUGGACGGAGUCUUGUCGUCGUCCCCUUCGCGCACCCCGGCCGCCGAGUACCGUCCUUCGUCCAAGGUCUCAGCCAUGCUGCGCAAUGUUGUAUCCACGCUUCGUGGCGGCCUUUCCGUCGACAUCGAGGACCGACCAGCCAAGAGUGUCAUCUUCUCUCACUGGACCAGCAUGCUCGACCUGAUAUCGACCGCACUGGGUCCAGAUCUGUCUUCGCGCGGGCUAUCGCUCGUUCGUAUCGACGGCCGUUCCUCGCUACAGCAGCGACGUGAGGCGAUGGAAAAGUUCAACUUGGAUCACAGCUGUGUGGUGAUGCUGGCGACAAUUGGCGCCGUGGGGGAAGGUAUUGACCUCAGCAUAGCGUCUGAAGUGCACCUGAUGGAGCCACACUGGAAUCCCAUGGCAGAGGCUCAGGCUGUUGAUCGGGUGCAUCGGAUCGGCCAGACCAAGGAGGUGGCCAUCAUAAGAUACUGCGUGAAGGACAGUAUUGAAGAGUACAUUCGAUGGGUUCAGCAAAGCAAAAUACAACUGAUCAGUGCAACUUUCUCCACGCCAGAACAGGCUGGAGAGAAGACAACGGAAGAAGCUCUUGCCGUGAAGCGAUGGAACAAACUCCUCGAAUUUCUCAAAUAGUAUCAUGUGGGUCAGUGUAGUCUCGUAUAUAAUUUAUGUUGGGCCCAGCUGCUCCCCCCUGCCCGGGCCGUUACCCAGGUAUCAGAACAUAAAUGUGAUGAAGGUGUUUGCGGAUAAAUGUAAUACUAGUACCCUAUUCCAAUGAGAAAGACAUCUAUUGCCGGUGUUGUUACGUCGUUCUAUCCAACCUGCAUCGCUCCGGACAUCUCGAGGCUAUUUUGUUGACAUCCUUGACAUCCUUGACAUUCUUGACAGUCAUUGAGAACAUCAAGAGUCAGCUAGCUGGUGCCUCUUGCUUGUCGUUCAAGGCUCUCCUAUUCGCCAUCAUUACUCAUUUCGCCAUCAUUGCUCAUUUCGCCAUCAUUGCUCAUUUCGCCAUCUUCGUCGUCACUAGACUCCUUCAGGUUCCGCCUUCGUCGCCGUUUUACCGUCGGGUCGCUUUCUCGACUGACUUGGCUGCCAUCAGUACCGCCCUCUUCAUUGCUGUCGACCUUCCGUUUCUUACCCUCCCGUCGGUUCUUCAGCCGAUUCGCUCUCCCGCCUCCCCGAACACUCUCGUCUCCCUCCUCCCUCCUCUCGUCGUCGUCGCCAUCCCUCAUCCUCCUUUCUUUCCUCGCCUCUCCAGUUCUUGCCACGACCGCCUCCCACGACUCCCCAAGCCAUUUCUUCAUCAGCACCGCGCCCCGUUCGCCCGCCGGCUUCUUUCUUGCAUAUCCGUAGUCCGGAUCUGCCCCCUCCUCCAGCAGAAAACGAGCGAAGCGCGCCGACGCCUCGGAUGUGCCGUGCGUCACGUGAUGUAGCGCCGUCAUGCCGCGGUGCCGGGUUUCCUUCCAGCGCGGGAAGUUGAUGGGUGCCCCUAGUCGCAACAGCUCCUUGGCAAUUGAGAUGGACGGCCUCGGGAUCUUUGCCAGUCGUGUCAACGACCAGCCCAGGAAGCGUGGGUUGAGUGGCCUGCCCCCUAAGAUAUCUAUGAGGCGCUGCCAGGUCUGAAAGAGCCUCGCCUCGCAGAAGGCGUCCCUCGCGGCACUGCCGAAUGCCGGCGAGUCGAAGAGAACGGACCGCUUUUCGUGCUGGGGGAGGAGCAUCUCGGCCUCGCUAUACAUCUUAUCUUGGUCUGGCAAGUGGCGCGUCGGGUCCAGGAGAAAUUCCUCCCACACGGCAUACAUGUCGGGAGAGUGGGUCGAGAAAGCCUCAAUGGCUAACCGGGCGUACUCGAGAGGCCGCUCUACUGUGCCACAAAUCGCGUCUAGCAACCAACGGAAGAGGUCGGGGUUCCCGCUCCUCACGAUGGCGGUCUGGAAUGGCACCUUUUCGUCGAGGGGUAUUACCCCGUCGAAGACCCACCUGUUGUAGUCAUCCACGAUAGGUUCAACCUUCCUCAACGCAUAGAAAGUCUCCACCAUGGGUAGAGAGCCCAUCUUGGCGGCGAGCAUCACGGCGGCUCUUGCAGCGUAUUUGCUGCCGUCCAGGAGACACAAAGCCCUCUGCAAACCAUCAAUGUCACCGGCUUUGGUCAGCUCAAAUAAUAGCACUUCAAGGUCGUCAUCGGUGAUGUUGCCCUGGUUCGGGUCCGUACGUCCUUUCUGCCAGGUAACCCGAUGCCUUUCUCGCCAGUGCUCGUCUCGGUGUCGACUCUUUGCGAAGCCGAUGAUAGCGAACGGGCAUUCUGGCUCCGAG